GCUGUGACUCUAUUUCGGCGGUGUAGUGGCUGAAAGAUUCAAAUAGAAGUGUUCUUGGGGUAAUAUUAAUAUUCAAUUUUUGUUUGCAUCUAUAUUACGGGAGUUUAACAUAUUCCAGGACAUUUUUGCCAAGCAGUGGUCCACAAAAGCCUUCGACUGCUUGUCGCCAGUGAAGCUGAGUUUUGGCGCGACGAGAAAAAUCAGACUUGAUAGGAAUGAGGAAGGAUGGAAAGGUACAAAGUUUUCCAGAUCUCUGGCGUAAAAAGCCGUGAAACGAAGAGAGCUUUAGUGAGAGGGAUUCAACAGCUACGAGGAAAAUACAUUGGUGGCUCUGUCUACAAGAAUGUUGUCACUCAUCUCAUAAUACCCCAGGUCUCACCCAGUGAGAAGUUUCUGGCUGCAUGUGCUGCAGGAAAGUGGGUUGUGACACCGGAGUAUGUCGUGGAUAGUGUUAGGAAUGGCUCCUGGCUACCGGAGCGAUCCUAUGAAGUGGCCAUUUCCACAGGCUCCUCAGCUGCCUUUCACCCCUCCAGACACUGGAGGGAAAAAGUGGCUACUGGCAGAAUGACGGGGGCUUUCCAAGGCUGGAGAGUCCUCCUCAUGGUUCAAGAGCCCGGUAAAAGAGCCAUGUUCAAACGGCUGUUGAAAGCAGGCAAAGCAGAGGUGUACAAAUGUCCUGCCCCCUCCUACAUCUCCAUUACUCAUGUCAUGGCAAAGCCUGUCACGGAUAACUCAAAAUCCCACAAUGCUCCUUGCUACCCAGUUAGCCACAUAGUCCAGCACCUUUUUCAGGGCAGUCAUUUGGACGUAAACUUCAACAUAAUGAAAACCGGUUACCUGGAUGUCGACCUCUCUACUUUGGAAAUGGAGCUCAAGAGAUAUGUGAUCAAGAAGGAGGGGCGGCCAAGACUGUGCUUUCUUGAAUUUCUGGGUUACCAUGACCCUUAUCGUCCCCAUUCCCAGGCUGCUGCAACCGACUUCAGCAAUGUUGGCAGCAUGAUAGAGUGCGGACUCUUCGCUGAAGCCUUGGACUCGAUCAAAAGUGCUGUCUUUCCAGGGCUGCUGCCACCAGCGACAUAUCUGAUCUCCUUCCUCCAAUAUGCCCAACAGGGCAAUGCCUCACCUGUCUUCCUGAGAGCUUUACAUCAGUUUUUGAGUAUCCUGAUCAUUACAAAUCCUCCAUGGCUGGGUCUUAGUGCGGUGAAAAAAUAUUACAUACAAGUUCUGCAGUGUCCGCAAUGUCAGAACGGCUUGUGGCCUUUUUUAGAGACGGCUAUCAGGUAUUGCCUGUCCAACAGUGCCACUUGUCACCCCCUCCCUGGACCUGCGCUGCCAACUCUGAUACAUUUCAACCGUGACAUUCUGGCACUUUGUCUGAAGAUCUUCCAGGGGGAGCUCCACUGUAUUACAAGCAGAGGUUUUCUGCAGGGAACACGAGCGUCACCUUCUCCAUCGUCAUCACCAUCGAGCUCGUUGUUGUACAGAACCUUCUGGACGGUGUGGGAACGCUCGACGUUACUGUCUCAUGCUGUGAAACAACUUGCUCAGCUCUUAAUCCAGGCUGCAAUGGAGGACAAUGCUGAAAAAGAUGAGAACCUGCAUUUGGCAGACAUCCUGUUGGACCUACUCUCUGUGUUGGUAGAGUUCUGGUACCAGCAACACUUCAAACUGAACCAGAUUCUGGUGGACAAAGGUUUCAAAGACCUGUCGGAGUACCUUGCACUCAUGAGCCAGGAUGUGUCUCUAGUUGUUUUGGUAGAGUUAGUGGACAGAGUUCACUCAUCCAGGUUUCGUCUGGUGAUGGCCGAUGCCAUGUUCAGGAAUCUCUGCUGUAGAAGCGGCUGCACUCUGGGAGACGAAGCUCUUUCUCUGAAGAAGCUGGUGCUUUCCUACCUGCCUGCUCUGGGAAGUUUAGCUCAGACUCCCAGCAUUGCACCCCCGAGGACUGGACCCACUUCACACAGCUGCGCGGGAGGGGGAAACAGCUGCAGGAACCAGGACUCCUUGGGGAAAGAAACAAACACAGAGAAGGAGAACAUCCCCAAAGGCUUGCACAGAGUCAACGCAGCAGGAGAAACCCUCCUCCACAGAGCUUGCAAGAGGAACCAAGUGGACACGUUGCUUCAGAUUCUGGCGCUUCCUGGCACCGACGUAAACAUUAGAGACCAUGCAGGCUGGACUCCUCUACAUGAAGCGUGCAACCAUGGCAGCACUGAAUGUGUGAAAGCUUUGCUCCAGCAUCGUCCUGCACCUGUCCUCAACAACCAGGUGGGUGGAGUGAGUCCUCUGCAUGACGCCCUCCUGAAUGGACACAUGGACAUCGCCAAAAUGUUAUUAGAGCAUGGAGGUUCAGCUCUAUUCCUGCAGACUGAUGAAGACGGACGAGUCCCGCUGGAUCUGGUGUCGGCAGCAGCUCAGAGGGAGGAGCUCCUCUGCAGUGCACAGGUCGGAGACUCUGCUCUCAGAAACGCACCCAUAGAGGUUCUAAAUCUUCCCCUCCUUGAGGCUGGAGCCUGUCUGUUAGGUCACCUCAUUUACUCUUACCUGGUGGAGAAGGGUCCACCCAGCCACACUUCACCCAGCAACCAGCUCCACAGCCUGGGCUACAAGCUAGUCAGAGCCUUGCAGAGACACUCCCUCCAAGAAAUGACUGUAGGAUGGACAGAUCAGCAGGCCGUCCGGCUGGUGGAGGAUGUGGAGACACUCCUGGAGCUGAGCAAAGGGCAGAACCAGGAUCUGGUAGCUCCUGCUGUGAAAGAGUGCAAAGCUGAGAACACCCGGUUCCUAAUGCAGAUACUGGAGGACCUCAGGUGUCGUGGUGAAGCACUACGAGCUGAUAUGUGGUGAAAGGACUGAAGUUCACCUCCCGUCGUUGAAUGUUUUCUUUUAUGAAAGAGUUACCUCAGGCUUUGUAGAUGCAAUACAACAUAACUAAAGGUUUUUGAGAAGCAUGCAGCUUUCACAGUUUAUGCUUGUUUGGAGAGUUUUUAUUCCUCACUGUUGACUAUAGAACAUAGUUUGGUUGUGUUAUUUUUAUUUUUUAUUUUUUGUACUAAAGUACAGUUAUUUAUUUGUAACAUGUUCAGUCACAGUUUUUAUAGAACUAACAUUUCAGUUAAGAUUGUUAUAUUUUCUAAUGUUAAUAGAAUUUGUCGUUUGCUUGAAUAUUUUUUGUUGUUGACCAAAUAAAUAAAAUAAAAUCCACAGGCAAUGAAAAUCUU